AGGGAGGAAAGCGGAGAAGAAAAAAUGGAAGGAAAUGAAACUGCUGAAGAAACUGGAAAAACAGAGGAUGCGGGAGCUGGCAGAAAAGCAAGCUGAGAAGCAGGAGGAGCAGGAGGACAAAGGGCGACACUACACGCUGAGCGUAGCCCUGCCAGGCUCCAUCUUGAACAACGCCCAGUCGCUGGAGCUGCGGACGUACCUUGCGGGACAGAUUGCUCGGGCAUGUGCCAUCUUCUGUGUGGAUGAGAUCGUAGUGUUUGACGAGCACGGAGAAGAUGUAAAGAGCGUGGAGGGGGACUUUGAAGGAAUUGGGAGGAAGGGCAAGGCUUGUGUGCAGUUGGCUCGGAUCCUGCAGUACCUGGAGUGCCCUCAGUACUUGAGGAAAUCCUUUUUUCCAAAACAUGAGGAUCUGCAGUUUGCAGGGCUCCUCAACCCCCUGGACAGCCCCCACCACAUGCGGGUCGAUGAGGAGGCAGAGUACCGAGAAGGCGUAGUGUUGGACCGGCCAACUAAGCCAGGCAGAGGCUCUUUUGUUAACUGCGGGAUGAGGAAGGAGGUGCAGAUCGACAGACAGCUGAACCCUGGUCUGCGAGUCACCGUGCGCCUGGAGGAACCCCAGAAGCCAGAAGCUAAAGUGCGGAAAGGCACCGUGGUGUCCUCGCACCACCCUCGGAUGGUGUCGGGCUUGUACUGGGGUUACAGCGUCCGCCUUGCCUCCUGCCUGAGUGCUGUCUUUUCAGAGUGCCCGUUCAAGGAAGGCUACGAUCUCUCUAUUGGGACCUCGGAGCGGGGCAGCUCUGUGGACCAGGCCACUCUCCCCUCCUUCAGGCAUGCCCUUGUCGUGUUUGGAGGGCUUGAAGGCUUGGAAGCUGGAGUUGACGUGGACCCAAACCUGGAGGUCACCGACCCAAGUGUCCUGUUUGACUUCUACCUGAAUACUUGUCCCAGCCAAGGCAGCAGAACCAUCCGGACAGAGGAAGCACUGCUGAUCUCUCUGUCUGCGCUGAGACCCCACAUCGACAAGGCUGUGAAGACACCCAGUGACAACUGAGGGAAGGAAAACCAUUGACCUUGCCAUCAGCUGAGGACUGCCUUAGGGAAGCAGCUGCUCAAAGGCGAAGUGCUGGGAAAAUCCAACGUGACUAAAGCUGGCAGUGCUGCUCAACCAAGAGCCUGCCUGCUGGUGGGAGCAGCAGGUCUGGACCAUCCUGCCCGCAUGGCCCAGUGAAGGGGACAAGCCUGGCAGCAGACUGAGUUGCAGCAAUUCAGAGUCUGGGGUGGGGAAUAAAGCAAAAUGGAACCACAGCUA